AUGAUCGUAGCAACGAGUCAACGUUUAAAUAAUGUAUGUUCCAAUACAGAUUCCGAGAAUUUAUCGGUAGAGCAUUUUGUAGAACAAUUCAACAACGUCGUCGGGAAUUCGAAUUGGAUGCCAUGGGUUGAUAAAGGAAAAGGUGAAAUUUGUCUAUUUCAAUUCGGUAGUUCGCCUGGGUAUGCAGAGAAGGAAAUACGAUUAUCCAGAACGUUUGAAUGGAAACUCUUCAUGAAUAAAAUAGAACGAGACACAUCAAACUGCGUAUUGUUUGACGUUGUUCCAAGAACUGUCGGAAAA